AUGGUUCAAGAUGCAUUUCCAUCUCAAUAUAAUGAUCAGGUUACAGAAGAUCCGAUGAAUGAGGCAUCGAAAAAGUUUUUCGAUCUAUUAGAGGCUGCAAACCAACCUAUUUAUGAUGGUUGUAAAGAAGGGCUUUCUCAACUAUCGGCUUCUGCUAGAUUGAUGGGGAUGAAGACGAGUUAUAAUCUUACAGAGAACUGCAUGAAUGAAGUUUGUCAGAUGCUGAAUGAUUAUCUUCCCCAAGAUGGGUUUGCACCGUAUGGUCAAUCGGGCAAACAAUAUUCGCUGUGGCCUAUUGUUAUGUCUCCUUAUAACUUACCUCCAGAUAUGUGUCUGAAAAAAGAGUUCUUGUUCUUGACGGUUUUGAUUCCGGGACCGGAGCAUCCGAAGAAAAGUUUUGACAUUUUUCUUCAGCCUUUGAUCGAAGAAUUACUUGAGUUGUGGCAUUGUGGAAUUGAUGCAUACGAUGCCUCACAGAAAGAGAAUUUCAGGUUGAAGGCUAUUUUGAUGUGGACUAUAAGCGAUUUUCCGGCUUAUGGAAUGUUAUCGGGAUGGAGUACUCAUGGAAGACUGGCAUGUCCGUAUUGUAUGGACGAUAUACAAUCAUUUCAGUUGAGACAUGGAAGGAAAUCAUGUUGGUUUGACUGUCAUCGCAGGUUUCUAUCGCUAAAUCAUCCAUGGAGAUGGAACAAAAUAAAUUUCAGGAAGAAUAAGAUUGUGACAGAUUCACCUCCUCUUCUUUUGACGGGCGAAGAGAUAUUGUGGGAGCGGAUUGAAAGCAUUCAUGGUUUGGAUAAAACCAUUGAUUGUGGUGGAAAUGGUCAUCGCAAACCAUGUGAAUAUGGAGAAACACAUAAUUGGUACAAAAGAAGCAUAUUCUGGGAUUUGCCUUAUUGGAGGACUCACAAGCUUCGACAUAAUCUGGAUGUUAUGCAUAUUGAGAAGAAUUUCUUUGAUAACGUGAUCAACACGAUCAUGAAUGUCAAAGGUAAGUCGAAGGAUAACGUAAAAUCAAGGAUGGACAUCAAAGAAAUAUGCAACCGAAAAGAGUUAGAGUUGAGCAAUGAUGGAAAAGCCACAAUUUCGAUAUUUAGACUGUCCAAAAGUGCUAAUAUCGCACUGUUGAAAUGGUUGAAGGAAGAUGUUCAAUUCUCGGAUGGUUAUGCAUCUAACAUCGGGCGAUGUGCUGAUAUUGAUGGUGUGAAGUUAAAUGGAAUGAAGAGUCAUGAUUGUCAUGUCUUCAUGAAACGACUUCUUCCAGUUGCUCUUGUUGAACUAGUCCCGCGCAAUGUCUACGAACCUUUAUGCGGUAUCAGCACAUUUUUCAGAGAUAUAUGUUCAAGAAAUCUUAAUGUUGGUGAUGUUCAGCGUAUGAAAGAAAACAUACCGCUAAUCUUAAAGGUGAAAAACAAGAACAAACCGGAAGGGGCAUGUGCAUACAUCGGGAGCUAA